AGUUUGUUCUUGGGAAAGUGAGGAAUGGUGAGCGGGUUACUGCACUUCUCCUAUGUUCUUUUUAUUCUACCCCAUCUGGAGCUGUUCUGAGGCAAAGUGUUUGUUAUUCUUGGUGUGUGGAUUGAGAACCAACAUCUGAACUGCUACAAGUGAUUAUUUUUUUUCCUUCCCUUUUCCUGGCUCUGCUAAGUUUGGGUGCAUGAUUCUUCCCUGAGCAAUGAGGUCAUUGAAAAAGAUCAUCUGGAUAAGUAGUGUGAGUUUCUCAGUGCGAAUGUGAUCAGAGAGCAGUACCUUUUACAGUAUGUCAUACCUGGAUCACAAACAACUUUGAUAAUGACUCCAGCCUUCAGGCUUGUGGUCAGCAUUUACGUUUGUCUUUGGGUGAUCAUCUAAGUACAAGGAACGACACAGGGCUUUUUUGCAGCUGUCCAUCACAAGUGUCCCUCCUAGAGAACUUUUCUACCGGGAGAACAGCAUCCAACAGGCAGAGGUCACCAGUAUCUUAUGGUGCUCAGGGAUAUAGAGUCAGUGACCGACCCAGGAAAAUCUUCCUCCAAGAAAGAGAACUUACUUUUACAGCUAUGCCCAACCUGCAAAAUGCCAACACUUCCUUCAGUUCCAGGCAGGAACUCCUGGAUCUCCAAGAUGGGUCAACUCCUGGCUCCCUGGAUGAUCACGAUACAGCGGAGAUCCAGGAUGUUUCCCCAGAAGGUUCCAGUCCUGGCAGUUCAAGUGCAGUCAACCAGAAAAUUGACACGGUGUCUCUAGGAGAGGGUUUCAGGGAAGAGACAGGUGGUUCGUAUGGGGUCAGGUUUGUCCCUACAGAUUCGGAGCAUCUCUGCGGCUGGGGAGCCCUGACUCCCCAGUGCAUCCAAGCCUUCAACACACCCCGCUGGGUGCUCUUCUUCCUGUGCGUGGCCUCCUUCCUUCAGGGGAUGAUCAUCAAUGGCUUCAUCAACACGGUGAUAACAUCCAUCGAGCGGCGCUUUGACCUGCGCAGCUACCAGACCGGCCUGAUCGCCAGUUCCUAUGACAUCGCCGCUUGCAUUUGUCUGACCUUUGUCAGCUACUUUGGAGGUACGGGCCACAAGCCCAAGUGGCUUGGCUGGGGUGUGCUGAUCAUGGCCCUGGGCUCUCUGGUCUUUGCCCUGCCGCACUUCACCACCCCCACAUACCAGGUUAGCAUGGCGGAGCAGACCAGCCUGUGCUUGAACAAUAGAACCGGUCCUUGCCAUGAGAACAGGAGCGGAUUGUCUAGCUACAGAUUUGUCUUCAUGCUGGGCCAGUUCCUGCAUGGUGUGGGGGCCACACCGCUCUACACCUUGGGUGUUACGUACCUCGAUGAGAACGUCAAAUCCAGCUACGCACCAGUCUACAUUGGAAUUUUUUACACGGCAGCCAUCGUGGGACCUGCUGCUGGAUACUUGCUGGGGGGAAUCUUCCUUAACAUGUAUACAGAGAUCCACGAGACGACUGAACUGACCCCAGAAAAUCCCCUCUGGGUGGGGGCAUGGUGGAUUGGCUUCAUCCUGGGAGGUAUUGCCGCGCUCGUCAUCGCGCUCCCUAUUCUGGGAUAUCCACGGCAACUUCCAGGUUCUCAGCGUUAUGUGGCUAUGCGUGUAUCGGAGGCCCAUCAGAUGAAGGAUGGGAGCCAGGAGAGGGCGGCCGACCCGCAGUUUGGGAAGACAGUGAAAGACAUGCCCAGGUCAGUAAUGCUGCUGUUAAAAAACCCCACGUUCAUUUUCCUGUGUUUCGCUGGAGCCACGGAGGCCACCCUCAUCGCAGGCAUGUCCACCUUCGGGCCCAAAUUCCUGGAGUCUCAGUUCAGCCUCAGUGCAUCUGAAGCGGCGACCUGGUUUGGCUACAUGGUGGUGCCCGCAGGUGGGGGUGGCACCUUCCUGGGCGGGUACUUCGUCAAGAAGCUCGGCCUUCGUUGCCGCGGCAUCAUCCGCUUCUGCAUGCUGUGCGCCGUUGUCAGCCUGCUGGCCAUAUUCAUCUUCCUCAUGCACUGCCCCAAUGUGCCCAUGGCCGGCGUGACCACAGCCUACCACACCAGCCCAAUCCAGUACCAGAACCAGUACCUCACCAUGUUCCAGGACUCCAAAAACAGGUCCCAGCUGACAGUGAACCUUACGGUGGGGUGCAAUUCUGGAUGUCACUGUACAGAGCAGCUGUACAACCCGGUGUGUGGAUCUGACGGGAUCAUGUACUACUCGCCCUGCCAUGCUGGCUGCGCCGCCGUGAACAACUCUCAGCGCACAACCGACCGACAGCUGUUUUCCAGCUGCAGCUGCAUAAUGGGGAAUACAACUAUGGAGGAGGGGUUUGCCCUCGCGGGAAAGUGCAGCUCCUCGUGCCAGCAUAUGCCUGUCUUACUCGUCUUCCUCUUCAUCGUCAUUUUCUUCACCUUCCUCUGCAGCAUCCCUGCCCUCACCGCCACCCUCAGGUGUGUACCAGACAGUCAGCGUUCCUUUGGACUGGGCAUUCAGUGGAUUGUUGUACGGACUCUUGGGGGAAUCCCUGGCCCCAUAGCUUUUGGAUCCAUGAUUGACAUCUCCUGCAUCCUGUGGCAAGACCAGUGUGGAGAACAGGGUUCCUGCUACCUCUACCAGAACUCUGCCAUGAGCAGCUACACACUUGCUGCGGGGGUCAUUUAUAAGGUUCUAGGGACAGCCUUCUUCCUGCUGGCAUGCAUUCUAUACCAUCCCCCUCCAGAGUCCCCGCAGAGCAGCUGUGAGAGCACAGACCACGGUCUGGGGGACCCUGCCGACCUCCCCGUGAAGGAAGUCCCCAAAGAGAUGAUCUCCAAUGUAAACGCAAAUCUCUGAUGUCGUUCUCUCACCGCUUGCCCACAUGUUCACUGUGUCUGCCUUGGUUUGCUAGCCUCUUCAUUGGGCUGGGUGUGUUGCACCAUAUCACACACACAUAAAUCGUCAUAUUUCAACCAACACUGGUACGGAGUCAGGCACCAUUUCCACUGAGACUUCCCUGUGGCACCUAGAUGUGACUGCAGACACCCGUUUAUGGAAGCCAGUGUAUAGCUGUAAAGCACAUUGUUACCAGCCCCAUCCAAGUGGCUGUUUAUUUUUUUUUCAUCCCUGAAAUCCAGGGGAUCAACUUGGAACAGAACAAGAAUGAAAUUAAGGGUGUGAAAGCGACAAAUUAAAGCUAGAUUAGAUAUUUGGUUAACUAAUACAUGUCAUCGUAUCUACUAACCUAGUGAAAAUGACCACAUUGUUGAUUAGAGAGGUUUGUAGGGCUUAUUGAUAUUGAUUAGUAUAUUAUUCGUUAUAUGACUGUACAUAUUUUAAUUCAUUUUAAUAUUUUCUUAAAUUUUAUAGGUAGGGAUUUUAGAUAAACUAUAGUUUAUAUGACAAGGACUGCAAGUGGCGUAAAGAAUGAAACUGAAAGUGAAACAGGUAUUUUUAAACGUUCUAUGUUUGUCUGUCUGCUUGCAAGGGUUAUUGUGAGCUGUUAAGUUAUGGGGCAUGUGGCUUUUUCUAGAACACACAUUUUAAAAAGAAAGUUAUUUUGGAAGCUCUUCACUGGAGAACUCCACAUAGAUGGGUCUAGAAAUGAAUUGUCCCCUUCAAAAUAUCCUGAAAUGAAGACGUCCAAAAAAUGUUGUCCAGCUGUAUUUACUCAGUGCAACUUAACAGCAAAGCGAAAGAUGUCAUAGCAACAGUUCAGAAAAAAUAAAAUAAAAAAAUAAUCACUGAGAUGGUUAAAGGAUCACCCCCCCCCCCCUCCCUUGAGUAGCUACACACUUGCUGCAGGGGUCAUUUAUAAGGUGCUUGUCUGACUGCAUUAUGGCAGCUCUCUAGGUUUACAGUAUCUGUGUCAGAGAUACUGCCUUUUGCUUUGAUUACAGCCAUGAGUCUGUUGGGAUACUUCUGGACCAGUUUUGCACAACUAAACUGCAAUAUUUGCCCACUCAUCUAUACAGAACUGUCCAAUCUCAGUCAAAUUGGAUGGUGACUGUGGGUGUAUUGCAAUCUUCAAGUGAAUUCACAGAUUUUCCAUAGGGUUUAGGUCUGGGCUCUGACUGGCCACACAAAGAUAUCUAACUUCUUCUCCUUUAAUCCACUCUGUGGUCGACUUUGCUGUGUGCUUUGGAUCAGCGUCGUGUUGGGAGGUGAACCGCCUUUCUGCCACAAUUUGGUGGCAGAGGGCAGCCGGUUUCCCUCAAGAAUUUGACGGUAUUUCGCACCAUCCAUUUUUCCUGACCAGUGCCCCAGUCCGUGCUGCAGACAAACACCCUCAGACAGCAUGCUGCCGCCGCCAUGCUUCACUGUAGGUGUGGUGUUCUUUGGAUAGCAAGCUGGGUCGUCUUUCCGGCAGAUAUUCUGUUUGACGUUGAGGCCAAAUAGGUCGAUCUGACCAUAACACCUUAUUCCAUUUGGUCACAGAAUCUCCUAAGAUACAUUUUGGCGAAGCUCAGUCAAGACUUCGUGUGGCUUUUCUUCAGCAGUGUCGCUUUUUGACUCUGCCAUUCGAGCCACAUUUCUGCAGCAUUUGUGAUAUCGUGCACCUUGGUAGCCUCUCUGACCAGUGACCAAACUCACUCUUCCAUCCGGUUUGAGGGACGGCCUGGUCCAGUCACGGUCCAAGUCCUACCCAAAACUUUCCUAUUCUUGGUUAAGGACUUUGUUGUGCUUCUAAAGAUUGUUAAAGCUUUUGAUUUUUUUUUUAUGUACCUGUCUACAGCUUUACGCCUGACAUCUUUUGAAAGUGUCAUGCCACCCAUACUUGAUUGUUUGCUGUCUUUUGCAUUUACAAGUGCUGGACUGAAUGCUGAACUCAUCAUAAUACUUACAGUUUAUCACAGGCGGAAGCCAGUUAGCUUGGUGUGCAACGGACAAGGUGAUUAGUUGCACCUGAUCUAGUUUUUUAUGAAGGGGGGGAAGGGUGAUCCUUUAACUUAUCUCAAUGGGUUUUUUUGUUUUGAUAUCUUUCACUUGCCCGUUAUAAGUUGCAUUGAGUAAAUACAGCUGGAAAAGUAUAUUUUUUGUAUGUAUGUUGCUGCAAAGCAACAAAAUGUGAAUAUUUUAAAGGAGACUGAUUUUUUUUUCCCAAUGCACACUGUAUGAAACAACAUGCACUUAAAUCAGAUUUUCUGCAGGUGUGCUAACCAAAGUGCAGAUUUGAAAUGCCACAUAAAUAGCUGUCAGAUGAACAAGAGGGAAAGAUGACAACAGUCUGGGGUGUAUAGAUUGAAGCUGGGGGCACCGUAAGCAUGCGAGGAAUGUGACGAGUCUGCUGUUGAGAGCCGAGUCUGUCCCACAGUAAUGCGUAAGUGUUACCCUGUGAUAGCACCCUACAGUAAGAGCUCGUCAUUCAAAGCUGCGUUAUAAAACAUUAAUUAUAAUAAUCAUGUUAACCACACAGUUAUAUUUAUGUAUCCAUUCACAAAGCUUUUUUUUGUAUCCGUUAAUUUAACAUAAUAAGUAUUAUGUGAAGAGUUCUUUACGUUUAUACAAAAGUGACCGAAAUGUAUGAGCAGUUCAUGCCCUGUUUUCAUUAUUAUUUAUUUAUUUAUUCUUUUCUGGACCCAUUUUCAUUCGCAGUGGACUGGUAUCCCAUCCGCAGUACACUGGUAUCCCAUCCGCAGUGCACUGCAGCUUUGUACCUUUGUACCUGGGAUAGACCCCAGCAGUGAGAAGAUGAAUGAAUGAAUGAAUGGAUUGAAGUUGUGCUUUUUUUAAAAAAAAUAUAUUUAUAUUAAUGCCUGUUAAAACUGGCAAGGAAAAAAAUAUAUGGAACAAUGUCUUAUAAGACAGGACAGUGUAGUGUAGAGUUAUUGGAUCUAGUGUUGUGGUGGCAGAGUGCUUUUCACUAAAAGUGCUUUGUGCACUAAAAGGCUUUUUGAAAGGCUUUAUUGAAAUUUCAGUAGCAAAAUGAACUGCUGUUUGCAUAGAACCCUCACCCACUCGGCUGGGAGAUUUGCAACAUGUAUGACGUCGCUAAUACAUUUAAAAUGCUAUUUCCCCUACUUGGAGAAACAUUCCUAAUAAGGGUAUGUGAUGCAAGCACUGCUGUUGUGGGUGAAAUUCCAAUUUGCAUCAAUAUAUUGCAUAAUGUAAAAAAAGACAUACAGUUAUGUAUGUCUAUGUAAAAUUGUUUCCUGUUUAAGUUUGCUAAUGUUUUUCAUGUCUAAAAAAAAAGCAACAAGUUAUAUUCAACUUUCAUUAUACAGAUGCUCCUAGUUUUAUGAUGGUUCAACUUGCCAAACAUUCCUGUUGCUAUGGUGUGAUUGCGAUGCAUUAAGUUGUCAUUAAACUUUGAAUUUUGAUCUGUUCCUAGCGAUGUACCGUUUGACACGUUCUACUGAUGACGGGAAACGCCGGCAGCUUCGCCUUUAACAGCGUAUUGUAGAAAUGCCCUUUUCUGUGUUUAACCAAAUUUUAUAUGCAUUAUUUUCAACUUACAUUCCGAUGAAUCCAUCACGUCGAGGAGCAUCUGUACCCUUAAAGGUUUAGAGCUUUUUCACCUCGACAAGACUCGAAGUCACUGAAUGACUUGUGUAUUAGUAGCUAGAGCCUGGUUUCCAGAAUCCCAGUGUCCCAGUGUCGUCCCAGUGUCCCGCCUCAUUAUAGUUUCGUUAAUUUUAUUUCGCACGUUAACUUAUUCAACCUGUUGCCAAAUAUUUGUCUUUCCAAUGUAUUUUAUUUAAGAUUUUAAAGGGCUUUACUGAUUAACUGUUAUCUGUUCCGUAUUUUGAUACUGCUUCAUGUUGUCGUGUUUGGUACUUUUUAAAGUGAACUGAAUAUUAUGAUCAAAGAAUGGAGACCAAAAUUGUAAUACUUUCCCCCCAAAGAAACAUAAAUAACCAUGUCACUGUUACAA